AUGGACCCUAAAACUUUAGUAAAAAGGCGUGCAACAUUUAAGGCUAAGCUUACUCUUUUUAAAAAUUAUUUAAAUUCAUUUAAAAACUCAGAUACGAUAACAUCACUUUUAAUUAACGAGCUCAACAUUCGCCUUACUAAAAUAGAAGAACUUUAUUCAGAAUAUGAUGAUGUUCAAUCUAACCUUGAAAAUGUAUCUGAAAUUCCAGAGGACCAAUUCACAGAACGUGAGAAUUUUGAGUCCCAGUACUUCCAGAGCAUCGCGCUUGCCCGAGAGUUGUUGGCGCGGCACGAACAGCCCGGCGCCACCGGUUCCGGUUCGAUGCCAGGUUCUAGUACUGUGCAUGGAGGUGGGCCAAAACUUAAAUUACCUACUAUACCUAUACCUACCUUUUCGGGACAAAAUCAUGACUGGCUUGAAUUUCGUGAUACAUUUAUUUCUCUUGUGCACAAUGAUAACUCCAUUCCUAAAAUACAUAAAUUUCAUUAUUUGCGCGCGACUUUAAAAGACAGUGCAGCAUUAGUCAUACGCUCGCUCGACUUCUCAGCUGCUAAUUAUGACGUAGCAUGGGAUCUUUUGUGUGAUCGAUAUAAUAACACACGACUGCUUGUUACAAAUCAUAUUCAAUCGAUUUUUAAUAUUGAAUCAAUAGCUAAAGAGUCUUCUAAAGCGAUACGUAACAUUAUUGACAUCGUAAAUAAAAAUCUUAGAGCUUUGAAAACUUUGAAAUUGCCUACUGAACACUGGGACGCACUAAUCGUGUAUAUUAUUUCUACGAAGUUAGACCCUGUCACAAGCCGUGAAUGGGAAACUUACCGUAACACGCUGAAGGAUUUGCCGACACUUGAGAAUAUGAUUACUUUCCUAAAAAAUCAAGCUGAUCUGUUGGAGACCAUGGAGGACACUCACACGAAACGUAGACACAGUGACGUCACUUAUAAUAAUCGUCAAAAAUCAUUAGUAGUGACCUCCAACCCCAACACCUCACAUAUAAAUAAACCGUAUGUUUGUCCGUUAUGUAAACAUAAUCACGCUAUAUAUCGUUGUUUAAAGUUUAGGUCUUUUUCGUUAGAGAACCGAAUGUCAAAAGCGAAAUCUCUUAAAUUGUGCUUGAACUGUCUACGUCAAGGUCAUACCACAAAUACCUGUAAAAUAGGGCCUUGUCGAGUAUGUAAUAAGCAAAUAAACAGCUUAUUACAUACACAUGAAUCACACACACCAAGUGAAUCGAUCACUGCACAUAAUAAUAUAGUUCUUUGCUCUGCGUCGCCGUCCGCGCCGCCGCCGAAUAUAGUCCCACCGUCGAUGUCUUCUUCAGUGCUGCAGUCGACGCCGCCGUCGCCGCACAGCCCACCUGAAACUCAAAAAUGUAAUAAAAUUUUACAUGAUAAUGUAGCCUUGUCAGCUAUCGAUAAAAAAUGUGUGUUGUUGUCAACAGCUUUGAUCGAAGCUACUGACUAUAAUGGUAAAAAACAUACUAUACGCGCAUUGUUAGAUAAUGGCAGCACGUCUAGUUUUAUUACAAAAAACUUAUGUGAUAAACUUAACUUACCAAUCACUUCGAUCUCGUCAUUAGUUGAAGGGUUGAACUGUCAAACUUCAUGCUUAUCCAAACAAUGUAACGUUAUUAUAUCAUCGCUUAAUUCCACGUACAAAGAAGAAAUUAAAUGUUUUGUAGUACCAAGUAUCACACAAUUAUUACCUAUUACGCAAGUUGAUUGUAAAUCAAUAAUAAUUCCAAAGGGGAUUACUUUAGCCGACCCCACAUAUUUUUACCCAUCUCAGAUAGAUAUGCUUCUUGGCGCAGAUAUAUUCUGGAGUGUGCUUUGCUCCAAUAACAUUUCAUUAGGAAAAAACAAGCCGACGUUAAGUGAAACCAAGUUUGGUUGGUUAAUUUCCGGUCUUGCACAAACACAAUGUUAUUCAAAUACAGUCCAUUGCAAUCAUGCUAUCAUAUCAUCUGAUCAAAACAUUGAUAAACAAUUAAAUCAAUUUUUUGAAUUUGAAGCAGUGUCAAUACGUAAGCAUAUAUCCAAAGAGGAACAAGAAUGUGAGCAACAGUUUAUAGAUACCUAUACUUACGAUUCUGACGGACGUUUUGUUGUGACGAUUCCUUUAAGUGAAUCUCCCGAUAAACUUGGUGAUUCUUAUCAACAAGCAUUAUCUAGAUUUCUGUCUUUAGAGCGCCGAUUUUCAAAAGAUCCUGUAUUUAAAAUGAAAUAUUGUGAAUUCAUUAAAGAAUAUAUAAGCUUAGGUCACAUGACAGAGAAUACAUGUCCGAAAAAUGAUACUUACAUAAAUUUAUUACCACAUCAUGGUGUCCUUCGUGAAAACAGUCUGUCAACGAAAUUACGUGUCGUUUUUGAUGCCUCCGCAGCGACGACAUCUGGGUUAUCUUUUAAUCAGAUACAAAUGGUAGGUCCUACCGUGCAGGACGAUCUCAUAAGCAUCUUAAUACGAUUUCGUCAGCAUAAAUAUGUUGCUACUGCGGACGUUGAGAAAAUGUACCGAAUGAUUAACGUAACCAAUGAACAGCGUCAGUUGCAACAGAUAUUGUGGCGAUUUGAACCACACGAGCAACUCAAACAAUACAAACUUAACACCGUUACAUAUGGCACCGCCUCUGCUCCCUACCUUGCAACUAGAUGCUUGAAACAAUUAGGUUUAGAUUGUACUAAUAAGUCUGUAUCUGAAGUCAUACAGCACGAUUUUUUUUAUGAUGAUCUUGUCACAGGAGCAGCAUCAGAGGCCGAGCUAAUAAAUAUAUGUAAAGGUGUAAUCCAACAGCUAGAAAGUAGGCGAUUUCAUUUGCGUAAAUGGUACUCUAAUCGUCCACAUAUAAUUGAUAAAAUUGUUAAUGAAAAUAGCAACGAAGAGUUACUUAAUCUUAGUCAGAGGGACAGUUCAAAAACUUUAGGUUUUCUUUGGUCUUGUAAAGAAGACAAGCUGUUAUUCUCAAUUAAUAUAAAAGAAAAUACACACAUUAGUAAACGUCACAUAUUAUCAGUAAUGUCACAAAUUUUUGAUCCUUUAGGAUUAAUUAAUCCAUGCAUACUAACAGCAAAGAUUAUUUUGCAAAAAUUAUGGUCAUUGAAAAUCUCAUGGGACGAAACAGUUCCAGUGGAAAUACAAAGUGAUUGGGACAAAUUUGUUAAUUCUUUAACUUACAUAAAUAGCAUUAAAAUUCCAAGAUUCGUAUUAACUGAUUACUCUCUAUUUGAGGUCGAAAUUCAUGCCUUUAGCGACGCAUCAACGCAAGCAUAUUCAGCAUGUGUUUAUAUUAAAUCUGUCCCUGUUAAGGGCCAGGCAACAAUUAACUUGUUAACUGCAAAAAGUCGAGUAGCUCCAAUAAAACCUGCAACGGUCCCGCGACUAGAAUUGUGUGGUGCGCUGCUCGCCGCAAGGUGGCAGAAACCUUGCAAGAAAAACAGUUCGUAA